AUGUACGCGGAUGAUGUCACUAUCUGGGGCACAGACACACCUGGCGAGCACUGGGUUCGCCACCCGUCCAACUCUCGUCGUUGUCUGCAACCAGCUGCCGUACAGUUAACCGGGCAACUACGCUGCUAUGUGUCGUGUCCACAAACCACGAUCCAAUCCACCUGCUGUGUGAACCGUUCCGGUCUCAACCUUCUUGAUUUCGAUUGGAUCGAGGAGCUCGGACUGGCCGAGCUGUCGAUCAACGGUGUUUGCCGCGACUUAAAGGCGCCAACGGUUCACCAAAAGCCUGCCAGCCGUCAAACCCCGGACAAAUCUACACCGUCCACUCGCAAUCGUCUCUUCCGUGGGAGAGAGAAGGACAACGACACCGACACUAACAAUCGCAAUCAACGGGACGUCCCAUCCAAUUCCACGGAAGGUUCCAUCUCCAACUACCGUCCUCCCGAUCCGCCCGAGUUCAACGUCGACGGCGACACCUGGGUCCGCCAUCGAUAA